CUGGCGUCUACAUAUUCCUUGUAUCCUUAAUCACUCAAAUUCAUGGUUGAGAAGUAAUCAAUAUGUUCCAGGAAUAAAUUAUUUAAGGAAAUUAUCCGCUAAUUCGUGCUUCCGAUUGUAAACAUCUCGAACCGACUGCUCGUGUGAAGGCUUGCGCUUGCGUGCGCGCAUGCGCGAAAUGCGUAGCAACUGAAUGGCUCUCACGCAUGCGUAUUAGAAUUGUGGGCGUAUGCAAGUGUGUUCGUCACGCCGGCCGUGAGUGUUGAAUCAGAAAAGACAUACAAAAGUUACGUUGCGACUUUCUGAAUUUCCUCAAGACUUGUUUGCUCGAGUUGAUCGAAUUUCUGUAAGAUGGAGGAGGCGAUUAAUAAUGUAAUGACGGAAUGUGGCGUCCCGUACAAUCUGAAGCCAGAGCAAAUUCAGAUCAUAAGAUCUGUCUUAGAAAGGCGAAAAAAUGUGUUCGGCCUUCUGCCCACUGGAUUUGGGAAGAGUGAUUGCUACGGAUGGUUGUCAUCAAUCAUGGACAAAAUAGAGCCUGAUGUAGAGCACAUCACCCUUGUCAUUUCACCACUGAGGUCCCUAAUGCUCGACCAGGUAGAAAGGUGGAGCUCCCGAGGUGUCACGUGUGCCGCGAUAAUGCGAGCUGAUGAAAUUGAUGAUGCUACCAAGGAAGAAAUUACGGAAGGGAAAUUUCAACUUGAAUUUGCAUGUGCUUGUCUGCUUCAACAACACUCACGGCGUGACGAACACACUUGCAUACGCCCACAAUUCUAAUACGCAUGCG